CAACGCAUCAAUCACAACGUCUGCAACGACUGGCCACCUCGACCCGAGCACGACGAGCCCAAACACACCAGCACAACAGCAGCAUCAGAGGACCCAGGACGAGCUCCCCCGGCCACUACCCACGAGCCGACUCCCGCCGUUCCUGCACAAGCCGGCUGCGGGCAUGAAGACCCCGCGCAACGUCUGCCUGCUAUGCCGCCAUAAUCUCACGGCCACCAGCGCCUCCCAGCGUCACCAGCCGCAGCUAUGGGCCCCCCGCCUCGCCGCCGGCUUCGCGACGACCUCACCCGCCAGCAACACGCAGGCCGCAGCUCGCGAGCCCCGAGACCGGCAGAACCAGGACCAGAACCAGCGUCGUCCGCACAAUCCCGUCAGGCGCGUGCUUGCGCCGGGCUCUGGUGAGAGACAGGCCAACACUGCCCGGCCAGAUCGACCAGUUAGACAGGCUGCCCCGCCUCCACAGACCUCGGCCAGGCUAGAAGCCAUCUUUCAAGACAUCGUCACCGCGCACGAUGCAAGAAGAAAUGCAACCCCCCAGGCAGGCAAGCAGUCUGGACAGCCAGUCGGCGGCGUCAACCUCACUCUGGUCCAGGACGUAGCAAAGCUCCAGGACAUGGUCGACAGCGACGCCCCACUCACAGACGCCUUCGCCUUCCUCAAGGGCCAUAUUUAUCCAACGGUCCGCGAGUCCGAGUCGUACAUACCCCAGAUCUUCUACACCGUCGUGUCCAAGCUGGUAGACAAAGCCAUUGCUGCCAAGGAAGCCGACCUCACCUCGACCACCUUGCCUAGCGCCGCCGACAUCUUCCGCGUAUAUGCCGAUCUCGGGGAUCUCAAGCCACAUCGGUGGUGCUCUCUCGUCGGCAAGUUGGUGCAAAGCCUCGUCGACUCCAAUCCAGACAUGUCGAUUGAGGACUACGAGAGCCACUUGGCUUCGCGGGAUGUUAUGCUGGCCGACCUCGUUGACUGCUGGAAAGUUCUGUCGCUCCCAAAGUUCCCCAUCAAUCUGGACAACGACAGCGAGAUGGAUGGGUUUUGGUUCCCCAGACUCGAUAAGUUUUCUGUCCCGAGGUAUUCAAGGUCGGACAAAUUUACUGCAGCGUUCUGCAGCGUGUUCCCCCAGUAUCCCCCUGAAAGCCUCGGACCCUCGACAGCAGCGUUGGCCAUCGCCACGUACACACUGCUUCUCGAUUCACGCCGAAGCAACCCCGCAGCAAGGCGGGCUGCCGUUCGGUUCUUGAAUAAGAUUGCUCGCCUCAUCACGGUUGUCCGUGUCAGAGACGAGACACUCCAGAACCUUAUGCGAGCGACUUUCCCGGGACUGGAGAAGUAUGUACUUGACGAAUGGCCCAGCAUCAAGCAACAUCUGGACGAGAACGUUACAGAUGUGGACAAUUCCAAGGAAUGGGCGGGCAAGCAGCCAAGCAGCUCUCCUAGCAAGACCUAUUUCGACCCCUCACACAUUGGGUCACGCUUGUCUCAAGCAUAUGGCCGGCGUUCAGGAUCGCGCAACUCGCAUGAGGUGGAUAAGCUGUGGCACGCCUUUGUUGGGCCUGAGCAGGACAUUCCGGCAGAUCGUGCCGCCCAGCUUAAGAACUACCCGGAUCUUUUCAACUCCUUCAUUAAUACAUAUAUGGCGCUGAACAAUACGGACAAGGCCGUGCAGUGUUGGAACACACUGCGUAAAGUUGGACUCAAGCCUACCUUGCGGACCUGGAAUGUCAUGCUCGAUGGAUGCCGGAAGGCCAGAAACCUGCACGGUUUGACCAACAUAUGGGGCAAGCUCGCAGCAUCCAAGAUGACGCUAGACAUUGGCGUCUGGACGACAUACGUCUCCGGUCUGAUCGAUUGUGGCAAUGUCGAGGGCGCCAUCCAAGCACUAGAGGAUUUGACUCGAGCUUACAAGAGCGCGGAGGCAGCAGGCGACACCUCAAAAGUCGUCAAGCCAUCUAUUGAGCCGGUCAAUGCCGCAUUGGCCGGCCUCAUUCGUUCCAAUCGGCUGCCACUUGCAGAGAAAUUGGUCGAGUGGUCCUCACGCCAGGGCCUUAAGCCGGAUAUCUUCACUUUCAACACGCUCUUGAGGCCUCUGAUCCGCCAAGACAGGCAGGAAGAUGUGGCUCGCUUGUUUGCGACCAUGGACUCGCUCGGGAUCAAAGCAGACGCAGCCACUUUCACUGUCAUUCUCGACGCCUGCCUGGCAGAUUUGGACUCGGUAGAAGAGCAGAUCGAGAUGGUGAACAAGGUUCUGUCGCAGAUGAAAGCUGCUGGGCUCGAGACGAACCUCCAGACAUACGGCAAAAUGAUCUACUUGCUCCUACGCAGCGGCGAUCGCGCCAAAGAGGCAGUCAAGGUCGUCCUCGCCCACUUGUGGAGCGAAGGUCACGAGCUGUCGCCGCACAUCUACACAAUGCUUGUCGAGCACUACUUCAGCCGGUCGCCUCCGGAUCUUUUUGCGGUAGAGUCGCUGCUCAAGCGCCGCCGCUUGCUCGACUACGACGACAUGGACCGCGUCUUCUACGACCGCCUGAUCAAGGGAUAUGCGCUGGUCGGCGAGCUGAAGGCGCUCGACAUCUACUACAAGCUGUGUGCGGCCGGGUAUCUUACGACACUUGGCACGCAGCUCGAGCUUUUGCGCAUGCUGCUCGCCCAAAACAGGCGUGAGGAGGCUCGCGGGCUCGCCAACACGACCAAGCAGAAAUACGAGGAGCUGCACCCGCCCACCACGCCGGGCAGCGAGGAGGACAGCUACUGGAAGCACACGUUCUGGCAUGUCUCGGCCGAGGAGGGGCUGCUCGACUCACCACUUCCCGGGUUGCGGCGACGGUAGAGGAAGAGAGCAAGAUUGUGCAGAGAGGUGUCGUCCCGCGCCCUGCUCGUCACAUGGCCUCGUUUUCUGAGGAGGAAAUACGGGCGGAAGCUCAACUGUAGAAUACUGUAUCAGAACCAAACCAUGAUAAUCUAGCGUA